AUUUGUUAUUAAAAUGAAUCCAAAUACACCUUUCAAUGAACGCUUCCAUAAGAUUCAGGAGAAAUUGAAUUCGAUUCCCUUGCAACAUGAUCAAUCCAAGGCUCAUAGAAUUGACACCAUUUGUGGCAGAAUCACAGCCGUAGAGGAGAGAACUCAAGACACAAUCACAUCUUACAACAGAAAGCUUGUAAGUUGAUGCAUAUAUGACUCAAUUAGCAUUCACUAAAGGAUGAGAUAGUUCGUUUGUAAAAGCAAAUUGAGGAGGAAAACAAUGCCUUUGAAACUCAAUUUGAACAAAGAGUCAGAGAGAUUGCAGCAUUUGAGAGUCGCAUCACAACCAAGUUGGAAUAGGAAAUAGCAUUGAGAAGAGACGGGAAUCUAAAAUUACAAGGAUAUUUGGAUGAGAAGGUUUCCCAUAAAUCUUAAUAUACUAGGUCGUAUACUUGAAAUCCGAUAUCCAGACUGAAGGCAAGAUCAGGUAAGAAUAGACAGAGAACAUUACUACAUCUUUGGAGAACGAUCUACCGAAAUUGUAUGACAUGGUGAAAACAGAAGGGUAAGAUAGAGAGGACAGUGACAAUGGAACCUUGAGGAGAGCAGGAGAUGAAAUUCGUCGUCUCAAUGAGGGUUUGGCAAAUCAAAAGAAGUUGAGGUACAUCUUAAAUGGUAGCAUUUCGUUAGAGAGGAAUCAGAAACAGCCAUCUUUGAGAUGCUCAAGGAUCUAGUGUCGAGAGUGAAGAGUGAAAUAGAAGAGGAGAAGAAACUAAGAGAAGAAUCUCAAGAAUCAUUGUUAGGAUUACUCGAAGAUGCAGCAAACAAAAUUUACAGAGCAGCCAAAGAUUGAUUAUUCA